AAAAAUAUUAUAACAAUAUAAUUUAGUUAUAAAAACGUAAAAGAAUCAUAUUAAACUCGUAAAUAAAUUGUGAGAAAUAUUAAUUUGUGUCCUGCUGAGAUGUUGCGCGCGCACACUUCAACCGUGCUGCAGGAAGGCAGACAAGCGAUUGCAGCGACAUCUUCAAACCGAUGUUAUUUUAAACGCAACUACUUUGAAUUUGACCAGAGCCAACCAGAGCUAAAACUCUGUUAAAAAAUCGUAUUGUGCUUAAUAAAACCAAAGAUUUCGAUUAAUUAACACCUGAUUUAGUUUCUGGAAGUGUUCUACGCAUCUACACCAUCGAUUUUGCUGGGAAACCUCGCUGAAAAGAAGAAAGAAAAAUAAAAUGGCAGACGCAAGUGGAGACGAGCAGGGCAAAAAGAAGUACUUCUAUUUUGAUCCCUACGAUAGCGAUGCGGAUGAUGAAUUACCAAUAGAACCAUAUAAGAAUAUCUCCCCCGAAGAAUGGCAGAAGUAUUUGAACGAGGAGGACACCGACAUGGAUUUUUUGAAGAAUAUCGAUCCAGAAAUCCUGCGCAAGUUUAUACAUGAUCAGAUCGAUGAAAUGACAUUGGGGAUUAUUUUUGCAGCGCAUAAGCAAGCAUCAAUAGAAGCUGCGUACGUGGAGGACAGCUCAGAAGGGGAAACAACGCCGGAACGCACCGGGACGCCCACACCUGAAGGAGAUCAGCCCGCUGAGCGUGAUCAGCCCAUAAAUCGCGAAGUUUCCUUGGAACGUGGAGAUCCUCCUGAAGAGGAUAUUUUUGGUAAUGAUAUUCUCAUGCCAACAACCUGCACAUGUCCCAAUUGUGACAGAGUUCUGGCUUUGCAACGAUACGCAGCUCAUCUAGAACAAUGCAUGGGUAUUGGCGGACGCAGAAGAAAUCCUUCCCGAGGCUCCAGAGGAAACGAAAAUCGCGACUAAGUUUAAUUAAAUCUAUUGUUUAACCGAAUAAAUUUACGCAUUUUCACGUA